UUUUUUUUUUUCGACUUCUUCGCGUCGGCGAUAUUAUCAAGAAAGAGUGUGGAAGAAGAAGAAGAAGAGAUUUUGAGUUUAGGGUUUUGUUUGUGUUGCUUUGAUUUCGGCAGCUAUGUCUUCCGUGUUGCUACUUCUUCUGGUGUUCGUGUUUGAUCUCAUAGCUUUUGGUCUUGCUGUUGCUGCAGAGCAACGAAGAACCACCUGGCAAAUUUCUAGAGAAUCAAAAGAAUUAAGCUACUGUGUGUAUGACAAGGAUAUAGCAACGGGUCUUGGAGUCGGUUCUUUCUUGGUUUUAUUAGCGAGUCAGCUCUUAAUAAUGGUGGCGAGCCGAUGUUUGUGCUGUGGAAGAGCAUUGACACCAAGUGGGUCAAGAUCUUGGGCAAUUUUUCUCUUCAUCACCACUUGGGUUUUCUUCUUCAUAGCACAAGUGUGCUUACUUGCUGGCUCUGUACGAAACGCUUACCAUACAAAGUACCAUGUCUACUUUGGGAACACUUCUCCUUCUUGUCGAUCACUGAGGAAAGGCGUGUUUGGGGCUGGAGCAGCAUUCAUAGUGCUCACGGGGAUUGUCUCCGAGCUUUACUAUGUGACCCUUUCGAGGGCCAAAGACUUUCAGCCUCCUAGAGAUCCCGGUAUCCGAAUGAGUAGCAUAUAGAACUUACACCGGCGCUUUAGAUUUAGAAUAUUUUUUGUUAUGAUCAUUGUUGUUAUCAUCUUAGGCCAUUGUUGUUAUGAUUUUAGAAUUAGAAAUCUGGUUGAUUUAGAAUUAGGCCAUUGUUGUCUGAAUCUGUGUGUUCUUGUUUGUAUAUGAGAAAUAGAUUCAAGUUCUAAGCUGAUGUGAUUUAUGUCUCUUUUGUACUGGAGAUUCUGUGUUUUCUUGUUAGAGUUUAGCCUUUGGUCACAAUAACUCAUAAA